AUGAAUCAGUUCCUAAAUACAGAGUUCAGGACACCAUUGGGUUUAGCUCAUCGCACUCUAGACUCAUUCGACUUUCCAGAUGAUCAACAACGCUUCAAAGCACAAUGUGAACUGUUGUUGGAAGAGGUGGGACCUCAUCAAGGUCCAAAGGUAUUCAGCUUCACCUUUGGUAUCCCCGAUCAAAAGACAUUGGACCAGUUCCGUUUGAAGAACUUUGUUAUCAUGGGUACUGCAACCAGCAUAAAAGAGGCUCAAGAGUUGGAUAGAGCUAAUAUCGAUGGCAUCGUGUUGCAAGGAAGAGAGGCUGGUGGACAUCGUGGAACAUUCCUGCCCAAUCAAGAAAGAUCAUCUGUUCUGGUCCCAACAAUGGAGUUGCUUCAAUCUUGCCUCGACGCUGGAAUCAAGACUCCAUUGAUCUGCUCAGGAGGAGUAUCCAAUGGAGCAAACAUUGCUGCGAUGAUCAAGGCAGGGGCAAGUGCAGUACAAGUUGGAAGUGCAUUCAUUCCAUGCAUCGAGUCUGGUUCACCAGACAACUACAAGGAUGUCAUUGCAAAGGCAUCUCAAACUAAUCAAGUCGAGAUUGGUACUGCUUUCACUUCACAUCCUCCAAAUCAAACGGACAUUGUCUUUACCAAAUGUUUCACUGGACGGUAUGCAAGAGCUAUCAACAACAAGUUUAUAGAGUUGGUUGAGAAGGAGUUUGGUGAUGAUAUCCCACCCUUCCCCAUCCAACAUAUAUUGACAACGGACAUUAGGAAGACUGCAAUGGCACAAGGCAACACAGACCUUUGCCAUCUUUGGAUUGGUGGAAGUGCCAAGCUGUCAAAGAAGGCAACGUCAACAAAAUCAAUAAUGGAAGAGUUGAUCAAAGAUUAUGAGCGAAGCAAGUAA